UGAUGAGAAAAUGUUCCUGCUGUAUCUAUUACAAUAAUGUCUGGGAGAUCUUCACCAUAUACUGCUUUAUACAAACCUCUUUGACUAUUCCCUCCUUUAUUCUAUUUUUUCAUUUUGUCUUUCUUUACAUUUAAACAGAUACGAGCAUGUACAUAUAAACAUGUAUGCUACAUGCAUGAUGCCAAAAAAGAUUAUGAAAGCUGUUUUUUAUUUUACUCUCAUAAGCCAAUUGAUUUGCUAUAAAAGGGAGGAGUGGUACUCCCUUUGGUAAAUCAUUUUAAAAAGCAUAUAAAGUCAUAAGAUAUACAGAUGGGAGAAGUUGUGUCUAAUUUUCUUUCAUCAACAUGGGUAAGAGAGGAUGCAGAUUCUUCAUGUUCAUCAGUAUCCGCAGACAAAAAGAUUAGACUAUUCGGGUUUGAGCUUGAUCCUCUUAAAAAUGGCUCGAUGCUAAGCAAAGAAGGAUCAUUGUCCACCACAAUCUCUUGUGAGAAAGAGAAGUCCCCCAUGGCGAAUUCCAAAGAGACAAAGAAAUUCGAGUGCCAGUAUUGUUUCAAAGGGUUCGUAACCUCGCAAGCAUUGGGUGGUCAUCAGAACGCACAUAAAAGAGAAAGAAUGAAGAAGAAAAGGUUAUUGUUACAAGCUACAAAAGCCAACAUAAGUAGUUAUCUCCAACCCUACGACCAGAUAAUCGAUAAUCAUGGGAUUAACAUCAAUUUCCAUGGCUAUAAAGAUCGUGCAUUUAACGAACCAAACAUUAGUUUUGGUUUGUAUGAUGAUGAUUUAUUAUCGUUUACGGAUACAAACAGCUUUGGAUACAUGCAUGCACGUAGGUCAAGAAGGAUGCUUUCUUCUUUACCAGACGAUUCAAAGCAAUCUUGUAAAAGUUUGGACCUUCAGUUGGCUUUAAGCUCGUAUGCCAGUGCCACCUUGUAAUUGUUCAUUCUCUUUUGGUAAUCAUUUCAACACCGGCUAUCUUAACUAAGAUAACAUCAUUUGGGAAUAAGACCUUGAUGUAGGGAUCUUGGAGAGAAAAACUACUUACAAAUAUUUUUCUAGAAUCCCUUCAAUUUUUGUUCAUCUUUAUAGAAAAUAAAAUGCAUCUUUCUGUAUGA